AGCCUUGAAAAGCACGAAAAAAAAAAACUCAACUAAACUAUUACUAGCGCAAGGCACAAAACUCUCUUGGAACUCUUCGAGUUUUUGAGGCAAGGUUAGUAACAAAACUGCCUCUCUCCCCCUCUGAAUAUGGAAAGAAUCGGACCGUAUCGGGUCGAACUGGACGAAUCGUAUCGGCCUCUCCCUGCAGUGUACCUGGCUUUACUCUUUAUAUGGUUUCUCUCCGCUUGCUCCUGGACUUUCAAUACCUAUAAAAACCGCCACUUUUCGACGAUCAAUUUGCAGUGGACACUAGCAUCUGUGCCAUUGAUUAAAGCUUUGCAACUCACACUGUCAUUCCUCUUCUGGUAUUCUUGCUUUUAUCAUCAGAUAUGUUCUCUGUGGAUGUCAUUUGGGGUGUAUGUAACUGGAGUGCUCUUUCAGACAGCUUAUUUUGUUUCCUUUAUACUAAUCUCUCAUGGUUACUGCAUCAUGUAUGAGCACCUUUCCAUAUCUGACCGCCGUACCACAGCUGCACUUGGAUGUGUCUAUUACCUAACUCUUGUAGGGUACAGAGCUUCUGUACCAUACUUCACAGUCCUGCUGCUGCUGAAUUAUUUAAUUUCAUUCUCUAUGAUUUUCCGCCAAAUAUCUCAAAAUUUAUCAGUAUUACGAGAACAGUUAACUGUUGUUGAGGAAGAGGAUGUUCAGGCGAUGUAUGAUGCUGUGUAUAUGAAAUAUACUAUGUUCAAGAAAUUUCAGGGUGCGAUGCAGAUUGUAGUUAUGGCAGAAACUGUGAUACACUUUAAUGUGGAUACUUCUUCUGUGAACUACUGGCUGCGCUUGUUAGUCAGAGAAUGGGCACAGUUCUGCAUCUUUCUGUAUAUUGGGUGGACGUUUAGGUCUCAAGACCGGGCACCUCGUUUCUCUGUUAUGCCAAAGUCUAAGGGAGAGCUAAUGGUGCCUCCCAUUUAUAGUAUUGAAAUGGAUGCAGAGACUUUCAAGGAGUUUAGUUGUCGUGAAUGGCACAUUGGAGUGCCAACCUCUGCAACUUAUGAUAGAGGCUUGAGCGAUCCCAUUGUAGUAGUAGUUCAGCAUCCGCAUCCGCAUAGGCUGCCUACAGGCACAACAUCUUCUUGAGGGUUGAAGCUCCAAGCCAUCAAUCUUCUUGUACUGUGCAUUCCAGUACAGAUUCAUGGCCAUGGUACAGAAAUGUUUCUGGAAACAGGCCAGCGACAUCCAGUUUUUCGGUGCAAGUCAGGUCGAGCAGCAAAUUUUAUUUUAAUUUUGACGACCCCACUAUUUUUUCCAACAGAAAUUUGAAGGGCAACAGCUGGUUGGUUCAUCAACGUGAGAAGGUCCCCGCAUCCCAUGAAUAUACGUAGCUGUAUAUAUAUAAAUAUAUAAAAAUAAAUGUAUAUACAACUCUUCCUGUUUGUUUUCAUGGCGGAUAUUUGAGUAAAUUUGAGAUCAAGCUCGUUAAUGUAGGGCUAGGCCUUCAAGUC